CAUAUCUGAUUAAUUAGGCAAAAAUGGCGUAUCUGACCGCACGGCGGAGCAUAGCGUCGCUGCUUAACCGAACUCUAAAUUCUUCUUCUUCUUUAUCACCGUCAAUUUCCCCCUCUUCACAUUCACGAUUCAUUUUUUCCUUACUAAACAAAUCCGUACUCCCACAACUCCAACCAAACUCUAUCGCCAACCCGACCCGGUUCAAAACAUCCCGUUCGGGUUACUCGCCAUUAAACGACCCGUCACCGAACUGGACCAACCGGCCACCGAAGGAAACAAUUUUGCUCGAUGGGUGUGACUACGAACACUGGCUUAUCGUCAUGGAAUUUGCAAGUGACCCGAAACCCAGUGAAGAGGAGAUGAUUAAUUCUUAUGUUAAAACCCUAGCUUCAGUUUUGGGCAGUGAGGAAGAGGCAAAGAAGAAGAUUUACUCGGUUUCUACUAAAACUUAUACUGGUUUUGGUGCUCUGAUAUCUGAGGAGCUUUCUUAUAAGGUUAAAGGUCUCCCUGGUGUUCAAUGGGUUUUACCAGAUUCAUAUCUCGAUGUUCCUAAUAAGGAUUAUGGAGGGGAUUUAUUUGUGGACGGGAAGGUUAUUCACAGGCCUAUGUAUCAUUUCAACCAGAAUAACAGACAGCAGACUAGGAAUAGGCCUCGUCAAAGGUAUGACAGGCGCAACGAGUCAAUGCAAGUUGAGAGGCGAGAACCAUUGCAAAGACAAAGCGCAGGACCAUCUCUUCCGCAACCUCCAACCCAUGGUCAAGCUCAGGGCGGAAGCGCAGGGGGUCCUACGAACCCAGGGCAGGCUAACCCGGUUACAUGAGAAGUCGGUAUGUAGUUCCUUAGCUUAAAAGUUCAUCUUGUAGUAUCAAAAUAUAGAACCUAAAACAUCAAAUCGUUUUCCUUUUCUCUUGGAUUUUGAUAUGGUUAUUGCACGUCGAGUUUCACUGUAACCAUGCAUAUUUUAUGGGAGAUUUUGUUAGAGAAAUGAAAUGCAAACCCUUUGGAAA